AUGACAGCACAGCAGCUGACGCAGCAGCACUUGCUGCAGCAGCAGGCGCUGCAGCAACAGCUGCUGCUCCAGCGUCAGCAGCAGCAGCAACAGCUUAUCGUGCAGCAGCACCAUCAGCGGCUGCAGCAGCAACAAGCACUUCAUCGGCAGCAGCAGCUGAUGCUUGCACAAGCUCAAGGCCACCCAUCAGCACAAGCAGCUGCGCUGCUGGCGCUGCAGCAGCAGCAGCAGCAGCAGCAGGCUGUCUCAACAGCUGCAGCCUUUGCUGCUGCUAGCCUGGGGGGCGGUAAUGGCGCAGCAGCAGCAGCAGCUGCUGCUGCUGCUGCACGCGCCCGUGCUGCUGUAGAUACAGCGAUGCAACAGCAGCUGCAAGAGCAGCUAGUGAGGCUGCAGCAACAAAGAGAUCAGCAGUUUCUAGAGCAGCAGCAGCAGCAGAUGCUGCAGCAGCAUCGGCAGCAGCAGCACACACAGACGGCAGACGCCUGGCGUAUUUUUGCUGGUGCAGGAGGGAGGGCCGCAGCGCUCAGCUUUGCGGCUCAUCAGCAGACUGCUGCUGCGCAGCAGCAGCAAGCAGCAGCAGCAGCAGCUGCUGCUGCUGCGAUGGGUGAUGCUGCAGCUGCGAAGGUUCCAGGACCAGCAGCAGCAGCAGCAGCAGCAGCAGCGCCUGUUCCCCUCGAUGUCAGUGGUGCAUCUACAGACGUUCAGGACACUGCAGCAGCAGCAGCAGCAGCUGCUGCUGCUGCUGCUGCACCAGGCGUCCGUGAAACAAUGUCCGCGUGUGCUGCUAGUGUUGCGUCUCCAGCAGCAGCAGCAGCAGCAUCAGUAGCAGCUGCAUCAGCAGCGGGGGGCGUUGGCCCAGCUGCCGCGCCAGGAGCAGCAGCAGCAGCAGCAGCAGCACAAAGAGCGCCGACAGUAGCAGCAGCAGCAGCAAACGCAGCGAUUGCUGCCGCAGCUGCAGCAGCCCCGACAGCAGCAGCGCCCCCAGUGGGUUCUGGUGCUGCAGCUGCAGCAGCAGCAGGACCCCCUACACCAGGAGGAGGAGCAGGCGGAGGUGCUGCUGCAGCAGCAGCGGGUCUCGGCAUUGCUUCUUCGUCUGCUGAGCAGCCUGUAUCUGGAGGAUGCGGAAGCAGCAGCAGCGGACCUAGCAGCAGCGCAGCGAGCAGCAGCACACCGAGCAGCAGCAACAACAACAACAACAGCAGCAGCAGCAGCAGCAGUGCAGCACGAGGCCGCAGCAGCAGAAGUGCAGCAGGAAAGAGCAGCAGCGGUGUAUGCGGGAAACGCGCAGGUCGGCCAGUGCGUCGAAGUCAAUGUGGAGUAUCUGUAGCAGCUCGUGAUGCGGAGGCAGCAGCAGCAGCAGCAGCAGCAGCAGCAGCUGGGAUCGAGAAGGGAUCGUCUUCGGAGACGAUCCCCCAGCCCAGGCGUAUCCCAGCCGACGCCUUUCGCGUCCCCACAGUCCCUGACGAAGAUUACUUCUCUACGGUGCCCGGCUGCUACUAUCACUUCGGGAAGCGAGAGUGGCGUGUGGUGUAUAGGGACCCUCAAAACGAGUCAAAGCGGCGGCAGAAGACGCACUCAAUAAAGAAAUACGGCUUCUAUGCUGCACGCUCGCGAGCUGAAGACCUCAGAAUCGAACUCGAGAAGAUCAAUGGAUGGCCUCUAACAGUUCCUCCAGCAAAGAAGACAGACACCGCAGCAACGCGUUUUAUUAAUUUUGAUAAAACAGAAAAAGACGUGCAGCCGUCUGUCUCUUCACCAGAUGCUGAGGCUGAUGAGGAACGGACACCAUCUUCUGCUGCUGCUGCUGCAGCAGGAGGCGCCGCAAGUUCAUCGCGCUCCUCAGCACGCAGAGCUACGAAACACAGGCAGCAGCAGCAGCAGCAACAGCAGCAGCAGCAGCAACAGCAGCAGCAGCAGCAACAAGGUGCUGACGCUGCUCAUGCGGCUGCAGCUGCAGCUGCAGCCCCACAGGCAGCGCCUGCUACAGCAGCAGCAGCAACAACAGCAGCAGCAGCAGCAAACUCCCCGAGGGGUGCAGCAGGAAGCGCCAGAAGGGGAACGUGGGAAGGAAAGGGAGUCAACAGGACGAAGCAGGAAGCAGCAGCAGCAGCAGCAGCAGCAACGGCUGCUGCUGCUCCUGGAGGGAGUGCUGCUGCAGCAGCAGAAGCAGCAGACGUUGCGAGGGGCCCAGCGACUGUCAGCACACGGCGGAAGCGGCGCAUGCAGCAGCAACAGCAGCAGCAGCAGCAGGUUCCAUCUGUAGUUGAGCAUGCGAUGGGCGACCCGAGUGCUGCUGCUGCUGCUGCUGCUGCGGAUCCUGGUGCUUUGGCCAAUGCUGCGGCUGCUGCUGCUGCUGCUGCUGCUGGACAUACGGUAAGCUCAGGGCCUGAGGGAGACCUUCAGGGGAUUUCUUUCCUUGCGGGCCCCCCAGAGUUGCUGCCGACAACAGCAGCAGAAGCGCUGCAGCAGCAGCAGCAGCAGCAGCAGCAGCAGGGCUCUCUCGUCGGUGUAGAGGACAGCAGCAGCAGCAGCAGCAGCAGCGCGGAGGCAGCGGCAGCAGCAGCAGCAGCAACAGGGAAACAAAGGGAUGAAGACACCUUCUUGCUGGAGGGUCUUGCUGCAGCAACGCUGGCAGCAGAUGGGCCUUUAACUCCUCGCUGGGGGCUGCUGCAGUCCUGCGACAGUGAAGAAGUGCAGCAGCAGCAGCAGCAGCAGCAGCGAGAAGCAUCUUCCAGCGCAGUGUUCUUUAGGUCGGGGGCCUCCCCAAGUCUCGUUGAGAAGCAGACAAACUCUGCUGCUUCUCCUUCGUGUUUAUUCUUGAAGCCAGGCGGCCGCAGCAGCAGCAGCAGCAGCAGCAGCACAACGUGCUGCAGCAGCAGCAGUUGCUGCAGCAACAGCAGCAGCAACGGCAGCAGCAGCAGCAAGGGAGACGCAGCAAUGCAUUAUCUGCUGUCUCCUCCUGCUGGUUUGUUUGCUGCUGCUUCUCCCCUAGGGUCUCUGCUGCCGAGUUUGGGGGCUCGGCGCAGCGCAACUGAAUCCGCAGCAGACGGCGCAUCUGCUGCUGCUGCUGCUGCAGCUGCUGCUGCUGCUGCUGCGGGGCUUGAGGGGCCCCAGGGGCAGACGUCUGGGCUGCAUGAAGCCCUAUUAAACUUUGUUUAUCUACCGUCAUGUCCUCCAACUCCGCUGCUGUCUUCAGCUCCUUUGUCGUUGCUGCUUGAUGCUGUAGAGCCUCAGCAGCAGGAUGCUGCAGCAGCAGCAGGUAGCAGCAGCAGCAGCAAUGGCACCAGCGGCAGCAGCAACAGCAGCAGCAGAACAGCUACUGCUGCACAAAGAAGUGCGUCAGCUGCUGCGCUCUCUCCUGUUGCAGCUUCUCCUGCUGCAGCUGCUGCAGCAGCAGGAGGCUCCAUUCUCAAGGCUGCUGCAGCAACCUCAGCAGCAGCAGCCGCAGUAGCAGCAGCAGCAGCAAGCAGGGGCUUGUAUGAAGACGGAGUGCUGCGCCUAGCGAGGAGCAACAGCAGCAGCAGCAACAGCGCGCAGCAGCAACCUGCUUCCUUAGCAGCACUCUUCUCCCCAUCUGCUGUUUCUUUUGAUAGAGAAGAUUCAGCAGCAGUAGCAGCAGCAGCAGCAGCAGCAGAACGACAGCGAGACACAGCAAGCUCAGGGGCUGAGGAGUUGCUGCUGCGAAGUAGCAGCAGCGGCACCAGUGGCAGCAGCAGCAGCAGCAGCAGCGGGAGCGGCGGGAACCGUGUAACGAGCAGCAACAGGAGCAACAGCAGCAGCAGCAGCAGCAGCGGUUGCUGCAGCAAGAGCAGCAAGGGCUUGCCUCCUCCUCUUUGGCUGUCUAUUAUUAACGGCAACUCUUUAGGCUGGGGUUCGUCGUCCUGCUGCAUGCAGCGGCCUUCACCUUCUUCUUUGCUGCAGCUGUCUUCAGCAGAUUUGCUGCUAUCACCUCCGUGUCUGCUGCGCCCAAGAGGAGCAGCAGAAGAUGUGGGGCUGCUGGCUCCUCUAACGCCGCUGCAGCCGCAGGAGACAGCAGCACAAAGUAGCAGCAGCAGCAGCAACAGCAGCAGCAACAACUGCAGCAACAGCAGCAGCAGCAGCAACAGCAGCAGCAGCUGGGUCUCUUCUUUAGGUCUUGCUUCUCCGCUGCAGCAUAUCUCAGAGGAGGCCCUGCUGCCUCUCAGCAGCCGCAGCAGCCACACCUGGGAGAAGGGGCCUGCAUCGCUUGCUGCUGCUGCUGCUGCUGCUGCUGCAGCUGCUGCUGCAACAGCAGCUAAAGAUCUCCCGCCCCACAACGCGCUCCCACAAACCUGCAGCAACGCUGCAACAGCAGCAACACCAGCAGCAACAGCAGCACCAAGCAACGGGCAAGCAUUAGCCAUAACAAAUUCUGCUGCUGCUGCUGCUGCUGCUGCUGCUGAAGGAGACGGGGCUAACACCAUCCUGAGCAGGAUAAGGCGGCAUCUGCUGCCGCUCGAAGCAAAGGAGACAACUCCCUGCUGCGGCCUGCGGCAAGAACAGCAGCAGCAGCAGCAGCAGCAGCAGCAGCAGCAGCAGGUGCAGCAGUUAAGUAUAAGGGGGUUUAAUCUGUGGCUAUGCGGUGUACCUCUCCCUCUACUCCCGAACUCGCAGCAGCGUAGCAGCAUCAGCAGCAGUAUCAUCAUCAGCAGCAGCAGUAGCAGCAGCAUAGCAGCAGCAGCAUCAUCAUCAUCAGCAGCAGCAGCACAGCAGCAGCACAAGCAGCAGCAACAGCAGCAUCAACAGCAGCAGCAAGAGGAUCUAGCAUCAGCAUCAUCAUCAUCAGCAGCAGCAGCAACAACAACAGCAGCAGCAACAGCAAAAGCAACAGAAACAGCAGCAGCAACAACAACACCAGCAGCAGCAGAAACAGCAGCAGCAGCAGCAGCAACAGCAGCAGCUGCUGCUUGCUUCUUCCUCACCUCACUAGGAGGGACACAAGGAGUCGCUGCUGCUGCUGCUGCUGCUGCUGCAGCAACACCAGCAGCAGCAGCAGCACCGGCUGCAGCAGCAACACCAGCAGCAGCAGCAACACCGGUAGGACCAGCAACACCAGCAGCACCAGCGACACCAGCAGCGCCAGCAACACCAGGAGCAGCAGAAGCAGCAGCAGCAGAAGCAGCAGCAGCAGCAGAAGCAGCAGCAAGUUCACCCUCUAGCAGCAACAUUGAUAGGCCUACGUAUACAGAAGAAGAGACAGCCCUAUGGGUGCAGCAGAAUAAUUUUAUAAGUGCCCCGCACACGAUUCCGACUCCAGCUUCUGCUGCAGCAAGCCGCUUCAAUGCAGCAGCAGCAGCAGCAUCAUCACCACCACUAGAAGCAGCAGCAGCAGCAACAACAGCAGCAACAGCAGAAGGAGGAGGUGAAGCAGUUGCUGCCUUAGAUGCUUCAGUCCCUCCACCUUCUUCGUGGGUAAAUCGCGGCGGAGCAGCAACAGCUCCGUUAGUAUUAGCGUAUGCACUGGAUGGAUGUCUAAUACCUACAGCAGCAGCAGCAGCAGCAGGAGACGAAGAGACACAAGAAGAAGCAGAGAUACUUCAUGGGCAGGAAGCAAGAUCUGCUGCAGUGUCAAUAUUAAAGUUCCGCAUAUCUCAGUUGCUGCAGCAGAAGCAGCAGAAGCGUCCUGAGUCCUUACGUACAGAUCUAUUAGAAGCAGCAGCAGCAGCAGAUGCUGCUGCUGCUGCUGCUGUCAGCCCCAGCAUCAAUGGUUUUAAGUCGCGCUAUCUUGCUGCUCUACAGAUGGAGGUUGUAUUAAACCUUCCUGAAGGACUAUCUGCUUCAGAAGUGCUGCCCGUUGCAGCAGACAUCCCUUGCAUCCAAAAGGGCUUCAGAGACAGCAGCAAAUAUAUUGAAGAGCCGCAGCAGCUGCUGCCGCACCACCAAGAGCGGCAGCAGGAACAGCAGCAAAACAACACCCAGCAGCAGCAUCACGACCAACAGCAGCAGCAGAUGCAGCAGAUACAACAGCUGCAACAGCUCCUCAUGCAGCAUCAUCUCAUGCAGCAGCAACAACAACAACAGGACAAAGAGCACCAGCAGCAGCAGCAGCAGCAGCACCAGCAGCAGCAGCAGCAGCAGCAAGAAGACGAAGAAGAGGGUUUUUCAGAUGGUGGUUCUGCUGCGCGUCGUCUAAAGAGUUGGGGGUUGACGGAGUUAAGCGGUAGAAUAAUAAAAGCAGCAGCAGCACGAGAAGCAGAAGCAGCAGCAGCACGAGAAGCAGAAGCAGCAGCAGCAGCAGCAACACCAACAGCAGAAGACCCUGUUGCAUCAGCAGCGUCUGCAGCAGCAGGAACCUCCGACAGCAGCAACAGCAGCAGCAGCAACAACAACAACCCCACAUCAUCAAAACCACCACCACCACCAGCAACAGCAACAGCAACACAAACAGCAACACAAACAGCAACACAAACAGCAGCAGGAGCAGCAGGAGGAGAUGAAGAAGAAGAGUGCGGCAGCAGCUGCGUGCCUCCUAACGACCCUAAGUACCGGGAGCAGUGGAGUCUGCACAAGAAGUCUGUAUUCGGAGUGCAUGCAGAAGAGACGUGGGGCUUCUGGAGCGGUAUUCGGAGGCCCCUCAUCGUCGCCGUCAUCGACAGCGGCUGUUCUCUUCAACACCCCGACUUACACUCUAAACGGUGGUUCAACCCCGGAGAAGUCUGCGGGGACGGUAUCGAUAAUGAUAACAACGGAUUCGUCGAUGACUGCUUUGGCUGG